AUGAUGUCGAUGAGACGUACCACGCGCGAAGCCCCGCCGCCGCUGGCCGCCGGUGCCGGUGGGAACGCGCUAAUACGGGGCCGAGGGCGGCUGGCGUCGCGCGGGCGUGGAGGUGGUCGACGUCGGUACCUGUUGCUCGCUGUCUUUGCCCACAGCAUCAUCCCCACGGCCGCAACGACCAUUCACGUCUCGCUACUUGGUCAGUCCACCCACUCUUUGUACCCCUUCGUAGCCUGUUCCUUCCCACACCGUGUUCACGCGCCCAUCUGACCUGGCCUUGUGUCGGUUAAGCAGGCGUCGUCGAUUUUAGUCCCUUCCCGCCGCGGUUACUUGAUCAGAGAGAGUCUCACGACAUCGUCGACGCCUUCCUCAGCCGCCCUCGUCGCCACGUUCGGCCCUUCGCACCAUGUCCCAAACCCGUGCGAACGGCACAUCGACCUCCCAUACGACCAUGACUUCCUCCCUCACCGCGAAGAACCACGCCGUCGUCGGUGCGGUGCGCAAUAAACGCAAGGGCAUUCCUUCGCGAGCGCCGCGAUCGGCGACGACGACAUCGACAGGCGCCUCGUCCUCGUCUUCGUCGUCGGCCUCGUCGUCCUCGCCCUCGAGCACGUCCGCAACCCCGCGCGUGCACAACACCGUCAACGUAUCGGCCCUGCUUCGAGCCCUGCUCCGAGAAUCCGAACGUAGUGGUUACCACCUCGACCUGCCGCGUUACGUCGCGCCCAUCUCGCCGACCUCGUCCGCCGCUGCCGCCGCCGCCUCCGCGAGCGCGCAUCCGAAGCCCAAGAAGGAACGCGAUAUCGUCGCCGCGAGUGACCCCAACUACGGCCGAGGCAAGCGUGCGGCCAGUCAAGCCCUGCGAGACGAUCACCACCACGACCAUGGUCUGACCGUUUGCUCGACGUCGACCAAGAAGCAGCGCGAGGCGAGCCCCGUUGUCGGCGGUCACUCGUUGCGACGCCAGCCCAGCCAAUCGGCGCUGGCCUUGGCCGAAGCGGCGGGUUCGGGUCGCUCGACCGAACCAGCUUCGUCGUCGAGCUCGACUGCGACGGGCCCGGCCGCGUCGAAUGGCGUACAAGCGUCCAAGUCCAUGGCCCGGGCUUCGUCAUUAGGUCCCGCUCAUCAGCAACACCAUCCUCACCACCACCAUCACCAUCCGUAUGCUCGAGCGGCGAAUGGCAACGUCUUGAUCGUCUCCGAGGCGCUACCCGCGCAUUCGUCACCGCUGGCCAAAAGUUGGGUCACCCCACCCGAAACCCACGGUGCCAGCGGUGUACCGACCCCGACGACUAUGGCUGCGACAACGGCCGCGACAACAAGUACGGCUAGCCACGACACCGUGACUGGUGUGUCGGGGAGAGAAAGAGGGGCGCCGAAAGCUUUGCAGUGAGUUACGCUAGCUACCCCUGACGAGUGCGAGAGAGCGCGCACGCCGACGGUACUCCAAGGGACAAAGACGUUCGGACUGACGCUUCGCCUUCCCUUCAACUAGAGACUAUGACAUGCACUUUGUGCCUGCAUGA